CGGGCGUCGGUUCGUCCCGGCGUUCUACGUGAGCGCGAAAAUAUCGCGGCUUUAGUAACGUGCAAGAAUUGUCGGCGAUAUGCACGGAACCGUGCGGUUUUUAUGAAUACACGUUCAAACGCGCAUUAUUUCUUUUAACAUUCUUUUUUCAUUUUUAAACUAAAUAGUACUAUUUAUAUUUAUUGUUUCGUCGCGAUAGACAAUUAAACAGUUUUGGUCGUAGUGUUACAUAAAAAAGGGAGAACUAUUAAAUUAUUUUAUGCUUGUAGUGUAUUGAAUUCAGGGUGGUGUUUUAUUCAGAAAAAAGAAAUACGUACGUCGAAGAGUCAAUGAAAUGCGGCCGAAUCGAAUUUAGUUGUGUAAAUGUAACUCUUUGAAGGCAUCGUCAAUCAUGUCAAGCGAACCGGAAAGUAAGAAAAGCGUUUCCAGCAGUAGCAGAAGAAAACCAAGAUCCAGAUCGACUCCAAGACAUGGAGAACCGGAAAAACCAAGAAAGAAGCGGCAUCUCAGCGCUACAAAUUCGUUGGUUUCCAUACCGAAUACAAUUAAGUUGUCAAUGAUGAAUAGUGGAUUGUUACCGACUAAUGAAAAUGGAUCCACCAUCGCCACCAUAAUAGAGAAAUCCGUCGAACUUAAAAACUUCGUUAAGUUCUGUGAGCAGAGGAGAAAAUUUCCCGUCCUCUACAAACUCGAGUUUCAAUAUGCUGUUAAAGUAGAAACUCAUUCUUGUAAACAAGCAACCAAAAAGGCAAACUUAGAAAAAAAUCAAAACCAAAAAAUAGUUCCAUAUGAUUAUAAUAGGGUAGUUUUAGAAAAAAUGGAUGGUGAAAUAGAUACGGAUUAUGUGAAUGCAUCAUACGUAGAUAGUCUUCUAAAACCGAAUGCUUACAUAGUUACUCAAGGUCCAACCGAAGAAACCGUUACAGACUUUUGGAGAAUGAUCUGGCAAGAGAAAGCCAGUUGCAUUGUGAUGUUAACAAAGACAUUUGAUUUCAUUAAAGUAAUGUGCGUCCAAUAUUGGCCUGCUAACAUGGAAUUAGAGGAAGUUUAUGGAGGAAUUACCCUAAAAGUGAUACAAGAAGAAGAAUUAGCCAAUUUUAGAAUAAGAACAUUUAGGUUAUAUAAAAAGGAAUUAGAUGUGAUCGUUGAAGAAAGGUUCCUACUUCAGUUCCAUUUUACCGAGUGGCACUCUCACAAUUGUCCCUUUCCAAACGCUCUACUCGAAUUUCGAAGGAGGGUAAGAGCCGUUGUAGGGCAUAGAAUAAAAAGCAACGAAGCCGGACCCAUGAUUGUUCAUUGCAACGACGGUGGAGGAAGGUCUGGAGUUUAUUUAGCGAUUGAUGCCAAUAUGGAAUUAGGGGAAGAAGAAGAUUGUUUCGACGUGUUUGGGUAUUUAAAGAAAUUAAGACAAGCAAGGAGGGGUUUGGUGGAAAAUGUGGACCAAUACAAAUUUAUUUAUGACACAUUGGAAGAGUAUAUAACAUGCGGAAAUUCUUGGUUUCCCGUUAACGAAUUGUCGCAGAGAUUAAAAGCAAAGAGCCAAAAGAAUCCCUUGAGUAAACUUAACGAGUACCAAAGAGAAUAUACUUUAAUUUGUAAGCAAACUCCAAGAUUUACAAUAGGUGAUUGUGCGGGAGGGCAUAGAGGAGAUAAUCGAAAGAAAAACAGAGAUGUCCUAAUUGUUCCACCUGAUAAUUUUAGACCUUAUCUCACUUCGUUUCAAGGGAAUAAUUACACCGAUUACAUAAACGCAGUUUUUGUUGAUGGAUACACAAAACCUAGAGAAUACAUAGUAACAGAAUGGCCCAUGAAAAUGACUUGCGGCGAAUUUUGGUCUUUAGUGUACGAUUAUGAAUGCGCCGCAAUCGUAAUAUUAUGCGUUCCACCCCAUAAUUCACAAAACUUCCCUCCCUUUUGGCCAGAAGGAAGAACUCCUAAAAAAUACGGCCCCGUAUUUACUAUCGAUCACAUCUCACACAACCACUACUCGAAUAUAAAGACUUGGGUAUUCCGGAUAAACAAAAAGAUUGUAUCCUUGACUGAACUGAUGGCUGGUGUAAAAGCACCACCGAAGACUGUUCAACUUUUCCAGUUGACAUGCUGGCCCAUGGGACAUAAAGUACCUACAUCAACAAAUUCUUUAGUUGAAUUAAUGAAUAUGGUUGAGCGAUGGAGACAACGUACUGAUUAUGGACCAGUUUGUGUUGUUUCACAAGAUGGAAGAGGUAGGUGUGGCAUAUAUUGUGCAGCCAACGCCUGCAUCGAGCAGGUGAUUCAACACGGAGAAGUGGAUAUUUUCCAAGCAGUUCGUACAGUUAGAAGACAUCGUCCACAACUUAUCGAAAAUAUUACUGAAUACAAAUACUGUUACGAUCUAGUUUUACAUUACGUCCUUCACUAUCUGAACAAAGAGAUUAGUGAAAAGCAAAAGUCUUAAGUCGAAAAUAAUUAAAAGCUGACUAUACUUUAGAGUGUAAGCAACAAGAAAAAUCGCCAUUUAGCCUUUUUACUACUACUAUUGAGGAUACACUUAAAACUUAUUAAGUACCUACAUACACGUAUUAUAGGAAAAGUGGGAAUCUUCCUUGUAAAAUUAUAUACUUUGUACGUAUUUAUAUACAUAUGGAUGUUAAUACGAAAUCUAUAUAUUUUCGUCUGUUUUUCUCUACUAUAUUUUUGUUAUAUUGCAUUGUUCUUUACUAUGAGUCAUCGCAUCUGUCCACAAAGAUAAAUCGUCUAUACGCAUACUGUUAUUUAAUAAAAUGUAAAUGAAA